AUACCCUACAGUAGUUAUAUUUAAGCUGUCGAAUACAUUUGCAACAUUUUUUGUAUACUCUAUUCAAACACCACAAUCCUACACGUAUAACGCGUUUCUACUAAAAUUCUGAUAUUCGUUCUUACGAUACAAGAUUUUUAAAAGUUUUUCUUAAGAAGAUCGUAUCGAAGACGAGGUUAGAAACGUCAAAGGUCUAUAUUGCAAAAGUGUGAAUAGUGUCAUCAUUCAAAGGAAACGCAUUUUCAAAAUGACAGAAGUGGAGAAAGCAACCGGAAAAAGGGCAUUUUCUAGACCAGGCGUAGAGUUUGGAAUUGGAGCUUUAGCCGCUGUUGGUGCGGGUUUUUUCACGAAUCCAGUGGACGUUGUAAAAAGUCGUUUACAGCUUCAAGGAGAACUAGAAGCUAGAGGUUCUUACAAAAGAAUUUACAAGAACACAAUUCAUGCUGCAUAUAUUCUAGCAAAGCACGAAGGUAUAUUGGCACUUCAAGCUGGAAUCGUUCCUGCCUUAGGUUUUCAGGUCGUCCUGAAUGGCAUUCGACUAGGUGUCUAUAACAUAGCACUGAAUCAUGGUAUCAUGCUUAAUGAGCAUGGAAAUAUGAGUAUACCAAAGACCAUACUGCUUACUGGUACUGCUGGUGCCUUUGCUUCAGUUGUUGGAAGUCCAUUAUAUAUGCUAAAGACACAGAUGCAGACGCAAUCAGCUGCUCAAUCUAUUGCUGUUGGUUAUCAGCACCAACAUACUGGAACAUGGUCAGCCUUUAAGCAUUUAUGGAAGGAAGGUGGUAUAGCUAGUCUUUAUCGUGGGUGGUACGCUAACAUCCCAAGACUCUUUCUUGGUUCAUCAACACAAUUGACUACAUUUACUAUAGCGAGAAACUGGCUUCAAUCACAUGAUAUUUGCAAUGAUCGACCAAUCCUUUUAACCUUUUUGGCAGCAUCGUUAGGAGGAAGUUGCGUAGCACUCACAAUGCAACCCUUUGAUGUUUUAGCUACUAGAUUGUACAAUCAAGGUGUUGAUAAAACUGGCAAAGGUCAACUCUAUAAUGGUUUAUUGGAUGCGUUAAUAAAAAUCUCAAAGAAAGAAGGCUUCUUUGGUCUUUAUAAAGGUGUGUUUCCUACAUGGAUGAGAAUAGCACCACACACGGUAUUGUGUCUGGUAUUUUAUGAACAAAUUAACGGCUUUUACGUAAAAUUAAUAACAUAAGCCAUUCCAGGUAAUAGGUAUAUUUAAUUGUAUAUUCUUAGAAAAAUUCUCUUACCUGUUCCUGUAUACAUAAAAUAUUUUUUGAUAGUUAUCAAAUAACAUCGCAUGGUAAUAAAGUUGCUUAUACUAUUGACUGUUCUAUGUUCGUUUAGAGAACAUAGUACUGUAAAAUAGUAUUUAUACAUUUGACAAUAUACCCCAGACAGUUAUGCAACAUUGCAUGCACUGAGUCGUGUUAAACAACAAUGAAAAAUCCAGCAAAGAAUUAUACGUGUACAAAUUGUUGAAACUAUUGUUACUUUGAAAAGUACAAAUAUACUGUUAUGUAACUUCUUGAA